AUGGGUGAUAAUACCGACACGGCUCUACACUAUGGGCAUAUGGGAAAACCGUUCUACUUCAUCAAGACCGGAUCCUGGAGCUUCUCAAAAGCGCUAAACCCAGGCCCAUCAAUCUACUAUACAGGUGUGACGAAGACGGUGAUUCCUUCACCUUCAGAGACUCCCUCGCGCAAGCUAUUCGGUCCAUAUGGCCGACCACCCAAUCCGAACUCAAUCCAACAUGCAUACCCGGAUCUGGGCGUACACUGGCCCUCCAUUUCCGACCAUCCGUCCUCCAAGUUGCUUUCGGCAACCAGCGAUCCUUAUGACCCUUAUGACCCUCAUGUGUCAACGCUCCUGGACUUUGGGUAUGCUUCAGUACUUGGACCAGAGGUGUCCAAUCACAUCUCGGUCGCGGCCACUGUGACCGGAGAGUGUAGAAAUGUCAUUUCAUUCCAUGCGAUAGUUGAGGAUGCCGUGGAGCUGCCGCUUGAUGAAUAUGCAGCAAUUGUGCCAACCAUAGGUGACGAAGAAACGACUGAAUGGUCAACACAAGGAGCUCAGGUGCAGCAAAUUUGCUUUUCACGGCCGCCCAAGGACGACGAGGAUCAAUCCAAUUGGAUGGCUGCUCGUCUUUUAGAUUCGACUACGGUAUUUCGGCCUCUAUAUCAGCCCAAUCCAGCACCGGUGCACAUCCGUCAUGAUGAUCCUGCGACAAUCCCAUUUUCGCUACGAAACUCUCGCCUUGCUGCAAAUCCCGUCGUCGAGAUCCUGAACGCAUAUACCGGAGGGUUCCCACAUGCUGAUGUAGCAUUCAAUCCUUGGUUGCAGAGGCAGCUGGCCAUCGUUGAUACCAGAGGCAACUGGAGUAUUUGGGAAAUUCAAACCCCGCGAAAACAACGCAACGGCGAUGAAAUUGCCGUUCCUGGCCCGAAAGGCUCAUUGUCAACCUCCGAUCAGAUAGAUUCUGAUGGACUUGGGCAUGAUGGCUGGGGGUCAAUUCAAUGGGUCUCUGAUUCCUCAAAGAUCCUGGUUGCUAAUCGUCGAUCUGCCAUGCUUUUUCAGAUGGAGGGAGGCGAAGUUCGAUCCCGCAGCAUCGAAUUGAGAAUGGGGAGACGACCCGAAUGGGUCCUCGAGGUCAAGAGGAACACCCAGAACACGUCACAGUUCUUCAUUCUCACUUCCAGGAGGUUACUAAUAUAUGAUGUGAGAACUGCUGCGCAGGAUGAAGAGGGCCUGAGUCUGCCUCUAGAAGCAUCCCUUGUCAGACAUCAUUUUCGAGACAGCCAUGAUACUACUUUAAGGCUCAGCAAUCUAUUAAUCAGAGACAGUCUAUAUCUCGUCCUGUACUCCCGAGUCACGGAGCUUAUUCAGGUAUUCCCGUGUCCAUUCGUUGGUAAUCUACAAACAGACGCAUUUGUUAGUCCGGAUCCCUUCUUGUUGCAUCUAAGAUCAGCAUUAAAGAUGGAUUCUGAUAAACCACUGCGGUACUCGACAUUUGUGUUUAGAGAAGUCGAUCAUUCUCCCGUUCCUGGAACCACACACAGCUUCGACAUGAGCCUCAUUAAGCUUUUUUGGGUGGAUUCGUCACUCGCAGUGCAUGAGACGCUUUUCAAGGGCCCACGACGGAGCUUGCAAGACCAGGUCAGGAGUCACAAAAUUGAAGACAACGAGGAUCGUAACAUCCUUCGUGCGAGUGUACCUCCCUCUAAGACAUCCAGGGACCGCAUUGACGAUGGUUUUGUGGUUAAUGACUGGGAUGAGUCUGCAAUGGUUCCCCAAACGACUGCUCCGAACACCAACCUCAUCUCUACCUAUGAAGAUCUGGACUGGACUUUGAACUUGACUCCCAUAUAUAACCUUGCCUUGGCAGAUAUCGCAGGCUGUGCUGCCCAGGCAGAACUUGAACGGUCCCGACCAACCUUUGACAAAAUGAUUGAAGAUCUGGAAAAGGAAACACUUGAAGGUGUAGAGUCCUGGCAGAGCAGCCAAUCAAUGCUCGAGAUUAGCGGUGGUCGACCGGCGUCAAAUGAUAUUGAUCAAAAUGCGUACGACUUGCAACGUCUCCUGUCUGCCGCUCUUCCUGAGACUCCUGACCAGCAACUCCAGUAUCGGUUCAUGAUUCUGCCGCUCCGAUUUUCCAAUCAGUUUCCAGGGAUGCCCGUAGCUUCUCUGGAGAAGCAGUCGAGCCUAGAUUUCUUGGAGACUUAUGAUCGACUCGUUGACGAGUGGCUAGCCAACCUUCCACAUGAUAUACCCGACCUGACACGCCGGAUGAAGGAGAGAAUCAUUCGUGGAAUCGCCCUCGAUAUUCUAUUAGCAAGACUUAUUCGAAUUUCCAAUGAGCCCAGAAAGGCUAAUAUACCACAACCUGAUGCAUCCACCAAGGACAUGCCAGUUAGGGCAGAACUAGCAUCCUCACAGCUUUCUUCAAGUCAAACUACGCUGUUUGAGAAUAGAAGCUCCCAGCCACUACCAGAAGAUGAGAAGGCUCCUGCAGCCUACACUAGUCUCUCUGCAUUUACUAUCUUCAAGAAGCCCCGCCCACUUCCCCGAAAUGUCGUCAAUAUGCUUUCCCACUGGCAGGUGGGGUCUGAUCCCUCCACCUACAAAUGGCGAAAGGUCUCACAGGGACAGGAGGAAGAGGUACCUAAUCGUCGAGUGCGUAAGAAGCGGUCACGGCUAUCGCAGCAACCACAGUCAUCGCAGCAGACGUCCACGCUCGACACGCCAUCUCUGGCCACACCUAGCGCUCCUCAGAUUCGGACCUGGGGUAGUCAGCCUGAUAACCGAUUCCCACUGCUAAGCAGCCAGCCCUCGAUAAGCGACAUUCCCAUGACUCAGACCGAGCGAGGACAGUUUGGGGCACGGGAAGUGAAGAAGAGUAAGAUCAAGAAGAAGCGUGCAGGAGGAUUUUAA